CUACUGUUAGUUUGUUUCUUGCUAUGGUUGCCAUGCGUCAUUGGCCUCUUCAUCAGCUUGAUAUUAAAAAUGCCUUUCUUCAUGGUGACCUUGAGGAGGAUAUUUAUAUGGAGCAACCUCCUGGGUUUGUUGCUCAGGGGGAGUAUGGUCUUGUGUGUAAGCUGCGUCGAUCUCUCUAUGGUUUGAAGCAAUCUCCUCGGGCUUGGUUUGGUAAAUUCAGUCAUAUUGUUCAACUUUUUGGGUUGAAACGUAGUGAAGCCGAUCAUUCUGUUUUUUAUUGUCAAUCAUCCCCUGGAAAAUGUGUUUAUUUGAUAGUAUAUGUUGAUGAUAUAGUGAUUACAGGGAAUGAUGCUACUAAGAUUGUCCAGCUAAAGGAGCAUUUAUUCAGUCAUUUUCAGACCAAAGACCUGGGAUAUUUGAAGUACUUUCUUGGUAUUGAGGUGGCUCAGUCAGGAGAUGGUGUUGUGAUCUCACAGAGGAAGUAUGCCCUUGACAUUUUGGAGGAGACAGGCAUGCAAAAUUGCAGACCUGUUGAUAGCCCCAUGGAUCCAAAUCUGAAACUCAUGGCAGAUCAGAGUGAUAUUUAUCCUGACCCUGAGAGAUAUAGAAGACUUGUGGGAAAACUUAUUUAUCUCACCAUUACAAGACCUGAUAUCUUCUUUGCUGUUGGUGUGGUUAGUCAGUUUAUGCAGAGUCCUCAUGUCGAUCAUUGGAAUGCCGUUAUGCGUAUUCUUAGAUAUAUAAAGAGAGCUCCUGGUCAAGGAUUACUAUAUGAAGACAAGGGUAAUAUGCAAGUAUCUGGAUAUUGUGAUGCAGAUUGGGCUGGUUGUCCUAUUGAUAGGAAAUCUACCUCAGGUUAUUGUGUUUUCAUUGGAGGGAAUCUUAUCUCUUGGAAAAGCAAGAAACAGACUGUUGUUGCUCGAUCCAGCGCAGAGGCUGAGUACCGAUCUAUGGCUUUGGUCACAUGUGAACUUAUGUGGAUUAAGCAACUUCUUCAAGAAUUGAAGUUUUGUGAAGUUGCACGAAUGAAGUUAUUUUGUGACAAUCAGGCAGCCCUCCACAUUGCGUCCAAUCCAGUCUUUCAUGAGAGGACCAAACACAUAGAGAUUGAUUGUCACUUCAUUCGAGAAAAAUUAUUGUCCAAGGAGAUUACCACUGAGUUCAUCAAUUCUAAUGAUCAGCCAGCAGACAUUUUGACUAAGUCCUUAAGGGGAACUAGGAUUCAGUUUAUAUGUUCCAAGCUUGGUGCAUAUGAUUUAUAUGCUCCAGCUUGAGGGGGAGUGUUAAAUUAUGUGUGUACAUGCUUGCUUCUAGCUUUAUGUUUAACUUGUUUCAGAAGACAGCAUUGUAAUGUCCCAUCAAGCUGUCUUAUCUCUAAGCCUUGUAUUGUGUAUAUAUGUAUGUGUGUUAAAGUUAAUAAAGCUAAGCUAAGUGAGGUUACUUUUCAACUCACUAAAUAUCAAAGCUUUUCAAGUAUAGGGAUUGAAGUUAAACCUCAGCCUGAUGGCUCUAUUCUUCUUACUCAAGGGAAGUACAUCAAAGAUUUCCUGGCAAAAACAAAUAUGACUGAAGCUAAACCUAUCUCUUCUCCUAUGGUGACUGGAUGCAAGUUGGCCAAAACUGGUUCUGAACCUCUGGCUGAUCCUCCUAUGUACAGCUCAGUAGCAGGUGCACUUCAAUAGGCAACCAUUACAUAACCUGAAAUCAGCUUCUCUCUGAAUAAAGUCUGCCAGUUCAUGUCUAAUCCUUUUGAAGACUACUGGACAGCACUAAAGACUAAAGAAAAUUCUGAGGUACUUAAAAGGCACACUCACAUGGGGCCUGCAUCUUAAACCAGCAUCAAAGCCCUUUUCUAUCACUGCAUUCUGUGAUGCUGACUGGGCAUCAGAUCCAGAUGGUGAACCUCAGCAGCUUGUGUCUUUUUUGGUCCAAAUCUGAUAUCCCGGUGGUCUAAGAAGCAAAGUGUUGUAGCAAGAUCUAGCACAUAGGCUGUGAGUACAGAAGCAUGGCUCUGGCAACUGUCCUGGCUGCAAUCUCUUCUGUCUGAACUUGGACAGAAUUUCUACUAUCUAUUGUGAUAUUAUGAGCACAGUUUCUUUGGCUCAUAAUCCAGUUCUUUAUGCUAGGACCAAGCACAUGGACUCUAUCUCUUCUUUGUAAGAGAGGAAGUUCUGAGCAAGAAGCUUAAGUCAUUCAUGUUCCUGCACUGGAUCAGUGUGCAAAGCCUUGUCUCCUACAGAUUUUAACUUGAUGAGAAGCAAGCUCACAGUGUGCAAGUCCUCCGCUUUGUGUAGGCCUCAUCCACCAUGAGCUUGUGGGGGAGUAUUAGAGAGUAGUAGUCUUACUCCAUAAGUCUUUUUUCUUUUCUGUUAUUGUUAGUGACUGACUCUAGGUUUAUUAGUGAUAACUAAGUGUAGUUAGGUUGUUAGAACUCUAGUUUGACAGUUAGAGUUUCAGUGACUCUAUAUAUAGAGCUCACUCUCUCUGUAAUAACUUGACUUUCUGUUUCACAGAAUAAUGAAUAACAAAUUUCCCUUUUCUCUCAAAAACUCUAUUAUGGCAUUUUUCUAUCUUAUAAUUUUAAAUUCGAAAUACUAUGUAUAUAGUAAGUCUUUUUAUUUUUAUUUUCAGUGGGGUGGGGGUCAGGUCUGAGUCAUAGUGCUCAUUGAUUGAAAGGGAGUAUAUGCGAAAGUUAAGGUUUUCAAUUUGUUUGGAU